ACCAGUAAACUGCUAAGGUGUCCUGCUUGGAGGCUGCCUGCAGGUUGUCCAGAAGAAACAGGAUUCCUGUUAAAAUAAUAGUCACGUUUAUAACCACAUCUGUAAUUAAGAUCAGGAAACACCUGAAAGGAAAGAAUGAGAGAACUGGGUUAAACAACACAAUUUGACAUCACCUGCUGACAUCUGAGCGUAGAUACAGGAAGACUAUUUGUGUACCAUACAGAGUAUACCUGAGAGAAGCAAACACCACAACAGUUGCUGACGAUGGCCAGCAAGGAGCCAGUGAACCCACCCCAGAAGCUUCCAGAAUCAUCCCCUAAAGACAGUUCAAAAUCAAAAGACUCCAAAGAAUUACUUGAAGCAGCCCUGAAGGACAUAGAAGAACAGUUACAGAAAGAAAAAAUCCAACAUGAAGAAGCUAUGAAGGAAUGGCAAACUACUGUGAUCAUUUCUCCUGAGAGCUUAAAAGAGUCCAAAGAGACUUUGAGAGAAGUGACAGAGAAGAAGCUCCCACAAGAGGCACAUUCAGAAAAGCCAGUGACCAGAAGUGAAAAUCUCUCUGACCGUGAAAUUUUAACAUGGGCAUCAGGAGGUUUAGCUCUGCAGGGCAUUUACCAAACCUCAGACAUCACAGACCUGCUGGGUAAGCGAGAACAGGUCAUUCAGAUUCCGAAAGGAUUCAAGUUCUGUGGUCCGAGUCAAGGGUCUCUUCUUGAUAAAACUGAAUUUUCAUCUUCAAAAGAAGAAUCUAUGUUUAGGAAGACUGCAGAGCAUUUAGGUCUCAGUUUUAGCCUUGCCUGUAAGCCUGAGUUAAAGGGAAUCAGUGCAAAGACCUCUUCUAGUUAUAGGAGAGCUUCAGAAUCUGCUGAAACCUCCAGGUCUUCUUGUGAACAUUCUUAUAUUUGCACAGCCCAAUACAACUACAUCCCACUUGCCUUGUGCCAGUUUUCAAGGGACCAGCUCAAGCUUUCCAGUUCAGCUUUGAAAGAGUUAAGAAAGAUUGAAUGUCUUUCAAGUCAUGUUUCUGAUGAUGAUAAGACUAACAUUUUGAAGAGCGGAUGUGAGAGCUUUUUCAAGAGAUUUGGUUCUCAUGUUAACUGUCACAUUCACUUUGGUGGGAUAUUUUGGUGGAGAGCAUCUUCAGAGGGUUUUAAGACACAUCAACUAGAAGAAAUGAAGAAACAAACCCAAAAUGCUCUCUCUGUCCACAUGACAGGUUGCUAUUCUGGUCAAAUUGGUGGCAUUGACUUUGGUGGAUCCAAAACAGAUGCAUCAUCUGAAGGGACUGAUAAAAAGUCAUCACACACAGAAAUUCAGCUCUUUGUACAUAAAACAGGUGGUCCCCCCGAAGUGGAUUCACUCAUACCAUGGAAAUCUGGUCUAUUGGCUAGUAAUAAAACCUGGAGCAUUAUUGAUCGGGGUGAUGAGUUCAUACCUGUAUGGGACAUUGUCUUGUCCAAUCACAAGGAAGAUUUUGAAGAUGUUAUUGACAUUUCUAACACUCUCAGGGAAUCCUAUGAAGCUCUAAGUGGCAUAAAGGUAAAUAGGAUGCAUGGGGAGGAACUCUUUGGUUUGGAGAAGGAGAUCACGGUAUUUUUGGAAGACCUCAAAGAAUGGAAGAUUACCACUGAUCCAGAUAAGUUAAUGGAAUUGGUUAAUUUAAAAAGGAAGCUAAAUAAUAAAACCAAGUCAGAUCAAAUGUGGAUGACUAUAUGCCUGUCAAAUCCAGCACUUCAGAAUUUCCUGGAACAAAUGGUUUUAUUAUUGAAAAAGAAUCCAGUAGCCUCAGACAUCAGCUAUAUGAAACUUCUUCUCCGCAGCCUUCUGGAUCCUCACAUUUAUGCAGUUCGGCAUUUUUCCAGUUCAUCAACCAUCAUGCAGUGGAUCUUUCAGGUUGAAAAUGAGCAGCCACAAGCUCCCUCCAUUACAGAAUUGGCUGACUUUAUUAGCAUCCUUCAGCAAAUGAAGACCAGCAUCAAGGAUACAGUGUUCAAGCCUGCAGUUUCUGCUGCUGCAGUAGAAGAGGGCAAAGUGAAAAUUUGCUCAGAUCUGAGCCUGGCUUUUAGCUCCUUACUGAAGGCCCUGAGAGAGAGUUCUCAAGAAAACCUAGCGUUGUUGCUGCUAUCAAUUGCACAGAGUGCAGGAUACAGUGUCGAAAAUAAUAUGUUCCAAUGCCACCUAGGCAUUCCAGAAAUUGACUUCAUGUUAAGAGAAAUGCAAGAAGCACAUGAGAAAUAUCUGGCUCUUUGUGAGAAGGAUACUUAUAGAGCUCAGGCUUACUUAAUCCUGACGGGUCUGAGAAUAUCCGUUGAUCAUAAAGAUGUGCCUCCAGAUGAGAAGAACAAACGCUUAGCUUUUAUGACUGACCACAUGAAAAACCUUUUGACAAAUGAAACUGCUUCUGUCCUCACAAAACAUAAUACCUGCAAUAACUGGAACUUGUUGGAAAGAGAUUUGGCUCACCUCAUUGGUGGGAAUUAUGAAGCUACAAAUGAUGAUCAACAAAAAGAGAACAUCUUAAGAGAAUUAACAAGAAUAUUCCUGGAAAGCAACCAGUCAGGGAAUUUAGAGUGCAAAGAUGUGAGUUCCAACCAGGACAAAACUUGGAGAAAAAACCUAAAUAAUGAGUUUUUAAAUUUGAUAAAGAGACUUCAGCUGGAACAGUAUUAUCCAAAUAAAAUGAAAAUGUCAGACUUCCAUCUCAUUCAGAAAACAUCUUUAUUUGACAACCACCCUAGUACUGACCAAGAACUGCCUUGUUAUUUCUUGGAAAAGAUAUUAAUGCUGGACUACCAGGCAAGAUAUGUGGCUUACAAAGAUGAAACUAGUCUUCAGCAAGGUGAAGCCAACAUAUCAGAUGCAAGUGAACACUUAGAUGAUUUAGAUUACAUUUUUGAGGAUGCUGGCGAGGGAUGUCAUGAAGUUAUUCUAAGCAUUCAGAAGCCCAUCCACCCAAUGGAUGUCCAGAUGGCCAUUUUCUACUGUGCAGAUGAUUUUAUGAGACAGUACAUUGCAAUGAAGCUCUCAUUCUGCCAGUUUGCCCUCCCCCUUUUGGUGCCCAUUCCUUGUACUUCACAAAUAGAGUUACCUCUUUGGUCUUUCUGCCAGGUCCAUAAGCAAUGGCAAGAGAAGGGAAGCAAAUGUGCAGAUAAAUUGAUUUAUCAGGUAGCUACACCAGUAGUGUCUUUCAUCAGGUUUAGCACAUCUUCAUCUUCUAAAUCCCAGAUUUUGAACAAUCUGUUGAGUAAACAUAAGCAUAAUAUCUUUUUCCAUCGUCAUUGUAAAGGGAGCGACAACAACUGUCUCUUGAUGAAAGGAGUAGUGGAAAUUGCUUGGUACUGUCCAGGGGGGAAGGAAAAUGACAUGUUUGGCACUUGCAUUGCAUUUACUAAUCUUCAUGGAGAUGCAAAAGAACAUAAACAGCAGGUUGAUUUUUUGCAGGAGAUAGCCUCUGUCACUGUGAUUCUCUUGUCAGAACGAGAUUUGAAUGGAGAUAGCCAAACUUUUUUGAAAGAACUCCUCAGGUCUCCCAAACCCUUCAUUUUCCUUUGUGCUGACAAAGAACAAAUUGGAACUAACAGGCAUGCAAAGCGAGUAAAAAUAGCUGUCAAAAAUCGUAAUGAGGCAGCGUUAGUUGAGGAACUGGCACAAGAAAUUAAGUCUGCACUAAACAUUUCAAAUGCUUGUCAUAGCCUUGAGACAUGUGCAGUUGUUGCUCGAAGGCAUGGCUUUUUUAUAGACGAGGACAAAGAGACAUGUAAAACAGGCAAAGCCAUGGCAGAAAAUAUAGUAAAUAUUCUGAAAGAUGAACAAAAGAGGAAAAAAAGCACUCUGCUGCCUCUGCAGGGAUCAUUAUGGCACAUGUGGUGUAAGAAAGACAGAGAACAAAACCAUUUGCAGUACCAUGAGAAUAUCGGGCUUGAGCAGCAAAUAAGCCAAAUAAAUUAUGUAAAGCAAAGCAUAAAGCAAGAUCAGUUAAAUCAGGCUUUUCCCUUGAAUGAUCUAAUGAAAUCAUUCCUUACACAUCUGUACUCUUCUUCAGAUAAUACCAAAAUAUACUUUCUAGAGUGGCUGAAAAUCUUCAUGGCUAGCCAGUCCUGCGAUCACCUAGCAGUGCUUCAAGGAAAGUACCAUGGUUUAUGGACACAGACACUAUUAGAAGAAAACAGUGACUUGCAUUGUAAACUAGAAGAACUAUCAAAGGAAAUAAGUGAGUCCACCUUUGGUUUAGAGCAUCUUCUGAGAGAGGUUGCUCAGCUUUAUGAAGUUUUGGAUGUGUUGCCACAUGAGAAUCAGGUUGUUCAGUUCCUGCCACAGAUAGCGGCUGAUUUGAUUGUUUCAGGAUAUCCCAUGGAGCUGAUGGAUGGUGAUGCAUCACAUGUGCCAAUAAAAUGGAUUAGUGCAAUUUUUGACACAUUAGUUGAGAAACUGGGGGACAAAGAAGUGUUUGUUCUUUGUGUCCUUGGAAGUCAGAGCACAGGGAAGUCAACCCUCCUGAAUGCCAUGUUUGGUCUUCAGUUCAGAGUCAGUCCAGGGAGAUGCACUAAAGGUGCUUUUAUGCAACUAUUGAAAGUGGCUGAUGAGCUCAGGCCAAAGCUGAAAUUUGAUUUUGUGCUUGUUGUUGAUACAGAAGGACUUCAGCCUCCAGAUCUAGAAAACAGAGCAAUACGUAGUCAUGAUAAUGAGCUAGCCACUUUUGUCAUUGGCCUUGGCAACAAGACAAUAAUCAAUACUUUUGGAGAGAACCCUUCAGAAAUGCAAGAUGUGCUUCAAAUAGCUGUGCAGGCAUUUAUGAGGAUGAAGAAAGUGAACCUCUCCCCAAGUUGUUUAUUUGUGCACCAAAAUGCUGGUGAAAUAACCACAGAAGAAAAAAACAGGGAAAGCCGAAGACGACUCCAGCAUAACCUUGAUGAAAUGACAAUCACAGCUGCUAAGCAAGAAUCCUGUGAUGUCAGCUGCUUUAGUGAAGUGAUACAAUUUGAUGUGAACUCUCAUAUUUACUAUUUUCCUCAUCUCUGGGAGGGAGAGCUCCCCAUGGCCCCACCAAAUCCCAGUUACAGCCAAAAGGUACAGGAACUAAAAAGCAAAAUUUUCCUGGAUGGAGAGUACAAACCACGGGACCUUCUAAAGCUCUCUGAAUUAAAAACACACAUUCAGAACUUGUGGCAGGCUUUGCUGAAUGAAACUUUUGUUUUCAGCUUUAGAAAUACCCUGGAGAUUGCUGCCUACAGCAGGCUGGAGGACAAAUACAGUAAAUGGACCUGGGAAUUGAGGAGUUUUAUGCUUGAUUAUAGCCACAAGCUGACCAUCCAGAUCCAAAAUGAAAAAGUCCAUGGCAUAGACAGAUCAUCCCUUGAAGAGAGCAUUCAGAACACAUAUGAAGAUGUUAAAAAGGAUUUGGAAAAGUAUUUUAGAGAAGACAAAUACAGUGAUCUAAUUAUUCAGUGGAAAGAGAAUAUUAAAAUUAAGUUAGACUUUGUACUACAAGAUCUCAUAAAUAAAACUUAUCAAAAUUGUGAAAAGCUUAUUAAUCUGAAGAAGCGUCUGAAGAAUUUUGAACAAAGGAAACUCAUGUACGAAGAUGAGUUGUUGAAAAAAAGCAAAGAAGUAGCUCAACACUGCCGAGACCAAGAGCUGAAUGAAAGUGGACUGAGAGAGUAUUUUAAUGGAAUGUGGAAAGGAUGGAUUGCAGAAUUAUCUCUGCCUGUAUCUCACAUAAAGACAUUAAAUAUUAGGGCUGAUGUGGAACAUUUCCUUUCUGAACACUUCAGAAGAGAACAUGAUAUUACAAACAGGAUUAAAAAAUCCUCUAAAUGGAAAAGUUUUCCUGGUGAGGCUUUAUUUUUCAUUUUAUUGAAGGAGUUGAAGGCAUUGAUUUAUUCUGAGAUACCUCCCCACAUCCUCUGUGUACUGACAAAACAACUAGAGACAGAUAUUGACAAAUACAUCAAGACGAAAGAAGAGGACAUUAUGAAUUAUAGUUCUAGCUAUUUUCAUGAAAUAGUGAAAAUAAUUAAUGAUACAAUACAUAGUUUUGAAGCAGAUUUACAUCUGAAAGCAACAUCUUCAUACCGAGUAGAUAUAUCACUCUAUUUGUGCCAAGUGGCAGCACGGAAGUUUGCAGAACUAUAUGAAAUCUUCCAGGAAAAAAAUGAUCCUAUAUUCUAUUUGAACAGCAAGAAAGAAGACUUCUUUAAAUCAUUUGCCAUAUCCUUUCAAGGAGCAAAAUCAGCCACAACAUUUGCUGACUUUUUAUGCAGCCGCCUUAAAUUGGCAAUCUGUAAUGCAAUCUAUGAAAAAACAGCAAUUGACAUAGUCAAAGAGAUGAUGUCUGAAGACCCAGCUUUCAAUGGAAAUCGAAAAAACUUGGAAACAUACUUGCUGAUUCAUCUUGCUGAAAACGGAAAUUUUGAUAAAUACAUGGACUACAUUUAUAAUCCAAGUUACUCAAUAGCAGAAUUUAUCCGACAAAGAGUUGAUAACUACUGCUUGGAUAAACAGAAUCCAAAAUUAAAGAAGUUCUUACAUUCUCAUCUUGAUGUUUUCAAAUACCUCAUUCUUUGUGCUAUCAGUGACUCAACCAGAGUUGUUGAAGAUAAACGAGGCAAUGUAUCCUUGUGGCUGGAUGAAUUCUGCAGCAGGAUAGGAGGCAAUUUGUGUCUUCCAAGGCACACCUUGAGCAACAUUGAACACCAAGAAGUCAUAAGCAUAAAGUUGAUUAAAGAAGCUGUUAGUGAGUCACUGGUUCCUGUGCUAGAUGAUCUCAAAAGAACAUUCUCUGAGACUGAUUUGGACCCAUUUUUUGCAAAGCCUCAUGAGAUUCUGUUUGAUCAGCUACGUGGAUGCAUGAAGCAGUGCCCAUUUUGCAAAGCCAUCUGCACAAACACCAUUCCAAACCAUGAUGGAGAACAUAGCACUUCUUCCCAUCGGCCUCAAGCUGUAACAGGUGUCCGGUGGGAAGGGACAAAUCAUUUUGUUACUGAUAUCUGCUUCAGUAUUGUAGCAAGUGAUUCUACUUUCACCUAUAAUGGGAAGAAAAUUCCUGGCAAAAAGUAUCAAAAAGCAGGAUCUGAUUAUGCAGAGUGGAACAUCAAGCCAUCCUCAUCCAAAGAGCUGAACUAG